AACACAAGAGAUAAUAAACAUAAAAUUAAUAAUCGGCCAUCGUUUCGACAACCGUGCAUGCUCCUUCUUUUCCUUCACCAUCGCUACUUUUCAUGGUUCCCGCAGGAGCGCAACAGUGACACUUCGCCUGCAUCUCUCUCCCUCCCUUCCCUCUCUCUAUUUGUGGAAGCUUCGCUUUCCUCUUCCCUUUUCCUUCGAUCCACCUCCGGGCGAUCAUCGGGCGACGAUCGAGACGAUAUCAUCAGGUGAGGGCCGUAAGUGCCACGGAGUGUGAAGCAAUCUAGACUGGCUGCAAACUGGCAUGUGGAGCCACCAACGUGAACCUUUGUCGAUAUACCAGCGUAUACCGUCAAAAGAAAAUCCAAAUCACUUGGACAUGGAAGAUGAUUCCGCUCUUUUGCAGAGCAGUGUAGAUGAAGAAAGUUCGAAUCCUCCGUGGAGGCUUUCAUUGCCAUAUGUGCUGGUGGCUACCAUAUCUUCGUUUUUAUUCGGAUACCAUCUCGGGGUAGUCAACGAACCCCUUGAGAGCAUCUCUUCAGAUUUGGGUUUCAGUGGAGAUACUCUCGCUGAAGGUUUGGUGGUGAGUACAUGCCUUGCUGGUGCUUUUGUUGGAUCUCUCUUCAGCGGUUGGAUUGCAGAUGGGCUGGGGCGCCGUAGGGCUUUCCAGUUGUGUGCCUUGCCCAUGAUUCUUGGUGCUUUUGUGAGUGCGAAGAGCAAAACUCUCAUGGGUAUGCUGCUUGGGAGGUUACUGGUUGGGACAGGAAUGGGUUUGGGUCCUCCUGUUGCAGCUCUUUACGUGACAGAGAUUUCUCCUGCUUUUGUGAGGGGUACUUAUGGAAGCUUUAUUCAAAUUGCUACAUGUCUUGGGCUAAUGGGAUCUCUUUUGGUUGGAAUCCCUGUGAAGGAAAUUGCUGGCUGGUGGCGUGUUUGCUUCUUGGUAUCUAUAAUUCCAGCCACAAUACUUUGUCUCUCCAUGAGCUUUUGUGCAGAGAGCCCACACUGGUUAUAUAAGAGAGGAAGAAUCGCUGAAGCAGAAGCUGAGUUCGAACGACUUCUAGGAGCAUCACAUGUCAAGUCUGCAGUUGCUGAGUUGUCCAAAUCGGACAGAGGGGACGACUCUGAUAGCAUAACAAUCUCAGAGUUGCUAUAUGGCCGUCAUUUUAGAGUCGUAUUUAUUGGCUCAGCACUGUUUGCUCUGCAACAGCUCUCAGGAAUAAAUGCUGUAUUUUAUUUUUCUUCUGCCGUCUUUAGAAGUGCGGGUGUGCCAUCAGGUCUUGCAAACGUCUUCAUAGGGGUGGUAAAUUUAUCUGGGUCUAUUGUUGCAAUGGCAUUGAUGGAUAAACUGGGAAGGAGGGUACUCCUCCUUUGGAGCUUUUUUGGCAUGGCAAUGUCAAUGCUUCUUCAAGUUGCUUCUGCAAGUUCUUAUUUAAAAGGCUCUGGGGCUCUUUAUUUAUCUGUGGGAGGCAUGCUGAUGUUUGUCCUAACAUUUGCCCUAGGAGCUGGUCCAGUUCCAUGUCUCCUCCUGCCAGAGAUUUUCCCCAGCAGGAUCAGAGCUAAAGCCAUGGCAGUCUGCAUGUCUGUUCAUUGGGUGAUAAACUUCUUCGUAGGCCUGCUCUUCCUGCGUUUGCUGGAGCUACUCGGACCUUCUCUGCUGUAUUCAAUCUUUGCAGCAUUUUGCUUGCUGGCAGUGAUUUUUGUGAAAAGGAACGUUAUGGAAACUAAAGGAAAGUCACUUCAGGAAAUUGAGAUUGCACUCCUUUCUCAGAUAUAGAUAUGCUACAGGAGAAUCCUCAAUACUUUCCUCCUAACUCAUUUUCUCAAACUCCAAAGAAGACGCACCCUGCUUCGCCAUUUACCUUGGGAUAGGUGAUUGAUAAUCCAAUAGUACAGAUAUUAGAGAGAGAGAGAGAGAGAGAGAGAGAGAGAGAGUCCCUUGAUAAACACAUAUUAUACACUCGCAGAGUGCAUACUAAUCAGUCUGGCUUGAGGUCCGGCUGAGCAAGUCCUUCCUGUGCAACUUGUUUUAUAUCUAAUCAAUUCAUAUGUGGUGUGUUUGCUCA